CAAAUACAACACCCCACAGCCUCCUUGAUAGCAAAAGUAGCAACAGCACAAGAUGACAUCACUGGAGAUGGUACCACUUCAAACGUCUUGAUCAUUGGGGAGCUCCUAAAGCAGGCGGAUCUCUACAUUUCUGAGGGUUUGCACCCUAGGAUAGUAGCAGAAGGAUUUGAGAUUGCGAAGGAAAAAGCACUUGAAGUGCUGGAGCAGGUCAAGGUAACCAAGGAAAUGGACAGGGAGACCCUUAUGGAUGUCGCCAGAACGUCUCUCCGUACUAAAGUUCAUACUGAGCUCGCUGACGUCCUAACAGAGGCUGUAGUAGAUUCUGUUCUGACCGUCAGAAAACCAGGUGAGCCUAUUGACCUGCACAUGGUGGAGAUCAUGGAGAUGAAGCACAAAUCAGAAACCGACACGGCGCUGAUUAGGGGGCUGGUUUUGGAUCAUGGUGCUCGUCAUCCUGACAUGAAGAAAAGAGUGGAAGAUGCUUAUGUUCUUACCUGCAACGUAUCGCUAGAAUAUGAGAAAACGGAGGUGAGCUCUGGGUUCUUCUACAAAAGUGCCGAAGAGAGGGAGAAGCUAGUGAAAGCAGAAAGAAAAUUCAUUGAAGACAGAGUGAACAAAAUCAUAGACUUGAAAAGAAGAGUCUGUGGCGAUUCAGAUAAAGGAUUUGUUGUGAUCAACCAGAAGGGAAUUGACCCCUUUUCCUUGGAUGCGCUUGCGAAAGAAGGAAUAGUUGCCUUGCGGAGAGCUAAAAGGAGGAACAUGGAAAGGCUGACCCUGGCGUGUGGCGGAGCUGCCAUGAACUCAGUGGAGGAUCUCACUCCGGACUGCCUGGGACACGCGGGACUCGUCUACGAGUACACACUGGGUGAAGAGAAAUACACCUUUAUUGAGAAGUGUGACAACCCCCGCUCUGUCACCCUGUUGAUCAGGGGACCGAAUAAACACACGCUGACACAAAUCAAGGACGCAGUGAGAGAUGGUCUGCGUGCUGUUAAAAACGCGAUUGAGGAUGGGUGCGUGGUUCCGGGAGCAGGCGCGCUGGAAGUGGCAGUAGCUAAUGCUCUGGUGAAGCAUAAACCUAACGUGAAAGGAAGAGCCCAGCUUGGAGUUCAGGCUUUUGCUGAUGCCCUGCUCAUCAUCCCUAAGGUUCUCGCUCAGAACUCUGGGUACGAUCCCCAGGAAACACUCGUGAAGGUUCAGACAGAACAUGCAGAAUCGGGGCAGCUCACUGGAGUUGAUCUGAACACGGGUGAGCCAAUGGUAGCUGCAGCAGCUGGAAUCUGGGAUAACUAUAAUGUCAAAAAGCAACUGCUUCAUUCAUGCACGGUGAUCGCCAGCAACAUUCUCCUUGUGGAUGAAAUUAUGCGAGCUGGGAUGUCCUCCCUUAAGGGCUGA